CAACUUAGAAGGACAUUUUGCAAUUUACAGGAAUAUUUGUAUCUGAAAAUGGCUAAAGUCAUAUCACAGGAAACUUUUGAUGAUGUUGUACGAGAAAAUAUCUCAGAUUUUGACAUGAGUGUUGAAGAUGCUAUUGAUGACGCAGUAAGUCAGUUUGAGUCACAGGGAGUAAAUCUACUGAAUAUUAUCAAAGAACCAAGUUUGUUUACAAGUGGUGGUGAUCAGACAACCCAUGAAGUUGUAGUGGCGAUUGAAAAAAUAACAAAUUGUUUAGAAGGUAAAACAACUGAUGGGCUGAAAGAUUCCCUUCAAAAAUUGAAAUCUGAAUGUGACACAGAUUUGGCCAGAAGAUGUCUUGCAGGUAAAAAUGGAGCUUAUCCAGUCUUAAUGAAAGCCUUGGAUAUUUAUAAGGAAGAGCCUGUAUGGCUGACUGACAUCUUAAAUACAUUUUGUUCUCUGGUGAAUGGUCAACCUGAUUUAUUAGAUGAAGAAGGUGUAACUAAAUUAGUAAGCUAUGUUACUAUAUUUCCUGUUUCUCUGAAACCUUUAGUUAUAAAACUUAUUGGUUUUCUGUGUGUUAAACAUGAACAAAAUCGUCAAUUAUUUGUCCUUAAUGACAUUAUCAACUCCUUAUCUGAAUUACUAGCUGAAUAUAAAUCUCAACCUGAUUUAGUUAAAGAGAUAUGUGUUGGUUUUCGAGUUUUAACAUUGGAUGAUGAUAUUAGAGUUCCAUUUGGAAAAGCUCAUGAACAUGCUAAGAUGAUUGUUACUGAAGGAGAUGCCCUGAAGAGAAUCAUCGAUGUUUGCAAGGAUUAUUGUGAAGAUUCUGUAGUCUUAGGAGAAUUAUGGUCUACACUAGGAUGUUUAGCUGUUAGAGAUGAAUUCUGUAGAGAAGUUUUAGACAUGGGAGGAUUAUCAUUGAUUUUAAAUUCUUUUGAAAGUAAUAUCAAUGAUAAGAAUUUAACUCGUAAAUGUUUAUCUGUUAUGAAAGCUCUAGCUGGGAAUGACACUGUUAAAGUAUCAAUUGUUAAGUCUGGUGGAAUUGAAUUAAUUGUAGCUGCAAUGACCAAACAUCAAACUAAUGCAUUCAUAGCUGAGGCAGGAUGUGCUACAUUAAUGACCGUGGCUUUAAGAAAUCCAGGCAAUUGUGAAAAAAUUAUGGAAUGUAAUGGCCAUCAAGCUAUAGUACAAGCUAUGAAGAUACACCCUACAAGUAGUGGGGUGCAGAAACAGGGAUGUAUGGCAUUAAGAAAUAUUGUAGCUAGAUCAAGACAACAUUGUGAUGCUAUAACAGAGUUAGGGGUUGAAGAUGUGAUUAAUAAAGCUAGAACACGGCAUAAUAAUUUAGAAGAUGAAGCAAAAGCUGCCUUGAGAGAUUUAGGAUGUAAAGUGGAAUUGAGGGAACAAUGGAAAGGAGAACAUGGGUCUCUGGUUUACUGAUGAUACUAAUAUCUAUAAGCCAAUAAUUAUUUAUUCUAUACGCAAAUUUGUGAAAUCUGUAUUUGCAAAAUGUUUUAUCUCUUCAUAACAUUGCAUAACAUUUACAUAUUUCUCAAUCUGUAAUAAAUGAUAUAAUCUAGA